AGCGGGAACACAAACUUGGCUCAACUUCGGGAUUUACUUAGUUUUUCAAAUCACGCUAUGAUCAAAAUUGACCAUGAUAACAGAUUGAUAUCUACCCAUUUGUUUAACCAUGCUUUGGUGGUUACAGCAAUGGUUUCAUUCGAAAAACUUCGUGAACAGCUGAUUGUAUUCUAAAACGACUUAUGCAAAAUAUUCAAGGGAAAUCAAGACUUUUAACUUUGACGGCCAAGUACAAAAUUAAACUUUAUAUAACAUCGUAAUUUCAGUAGAAAAUCUGAUUAACAAAAUGGAUUUUAUACUGACCAGAAACUGGAUACCUUAUGCUGUGAUGGAUGCUGUGAAGAUUAGAAGUGUUACUAGCCUUGUGGAAGGAUAAACUGCAUCUGGAAGUUUGUGAAAUGUAAUGAAUGGGAUGUUUCACGAGUAAACAACGAAACGAAUGUGCACUUGAAGAAUGAAGCAAAAGGAUGGUGACAAGCAUAAACCUAGUACAAGUUAUAGUUCCAACAAAGGGAAGCGGAAACUGGACUUUGAUAAGAAGACAAAAAAAUUGCCUCUGGCAGGGAAAAUAGUGUAUCUUGAUGUAAAAGAUGUUCGCCAAGCCAGGAGUCUUGAAGAGAAACUAAAACAGCUUGGAGGGACCAUUGAGAAGUUUCUCAUCAAGGAUGUGAACUAUGUGAUAUCCAGCAAUGCUCCAGCCAGUGGCAGUGGUCAGAAGAAAGGGGAGAAGGGUCAAGACCGACCGGACAGCCCCGCCUUCCAAUCUACACCCAGUCCCUUCAGCAUGGGGCAGUCUCCAUCACCUACUGCAGUCGAAGCUAAAAAGGAAACUGUGACAAGGGGCAAGGCCAUUCUUCAGAUAGCAAAGAACAAAAGCUCACAAACAAGUGUUAUAGACACAGCAAAGAAAAUGGGCAUAAAAAUCGUGUCCCUAAAUGGAGCGAUAACUUGGUUAGAUAAAGAGAUCCGCAAGAUUAAACCAGCGGUGGUUGCAGAAUCCAAUAAACAGGAAACAAGAAGGAGGGGCACUAAAUUUCAACGAUUGAAGACUCCCUAUGUAAAGUAUGAGGCUGAGAGUUGUCACUACCGUCCCAUCAUGCAACAGUUAAAGACGUGGCCGCACUUCAACACAGAGACACCUCCAGGAACAUGUCCGUUUGACGGACGGGCGCUAGGGAGGCCACAGAACUCAGAGCGAGGGGACAGGGAAGAGGCCGGGAACAUCCUGUCCCCAGGGACCGCACAAGCACAGAGAGAUGAUCUGUCAGGCACCCCACAGGCUAAGUCACAGAGUAAGACAGCCAAGCUUGAGGAGCCCAGCAACUGCAAGUUGUUCGGAGUUCCGAUAUUGACGGCCGGUGAGAUCAAGCGGGAGAGGGAGCGACGGAAGCGGGAGACUAAACGCAAGGGAUACUGUGAAUGUUGCAAGGAAAAAUAUGAUGAUGUUGAUAAACAUAUGAGAGGACUUCAGCACAAGAACUUUGCACGGAACAAGAAGAAUUUCGAUUGCAUUGACAACCUGAUCCACAAAGGCCCCAACACUGUUUCAUUUCUACAGCGGAUCCUGCUCCGACACUGUGUACAAAAGGCAGCCAAUAGAACCAAAGACUCACCAGCCUGUGAAGAUGGGGAAGUAAUGUUGAUUGAAGAAUGCUCCGAAAAGCAGAGUGAAAACAGCAGAGCUUCAAACCUGCCCCCAGAGCAACUGAGAGUAGAACGCAAGAUGAACAGGAGACUUAAAUAUGACCGAAAAAUCGAAAACUCUCUGAAAGUUAAAGUCAGUGUUGAAAAAACAAAACUUAACACAAAUGUUGAAACUUGCGAAUCUAGACUGGGAAUUGUCGCGGAUGGAAAGUGUAAUGAUCACCUAUCUCCUCGGAAACCCCGAUCUGGUAGCUUCCCCCGAGUCAACAGAGACAGUCAGGAAUCGGAGUCAACCUCUGCCGUGGUGAUACGGCGGUCGGGAUCAAGGGGUCUGUACGGGUCUCCUCGACGAUCACAAUCUGCAUCAGGGUCAGAAAAGACGUUGAUCAUUCGGGACUCGCCAAUAGCAGGCUUGCAACCUCUGAAAGAUUUCCUUAAAAGACAUUCCACAGGUACAAAGGAUGGUGAGAAAACUUCGAGGUUUGAUGAUGCUGGUGAAAAAGAAACAAGGAAGCGUAAAUCUGAUCACACCAAAUCACCAGUGCAAGUGGAGAAGCGACACAGACACUCAGACAGAACCCCAGAGCGUGAUUCGAUAUCGAGAGAAAAUGUAGCGACGAAAUCGUUAAAAUAUCACAGGUCGGAUGUUGGGAAGGGUGGGACAGGUGCGGUGAGUGAUACAAAUGUACUUUCACCGGUAAAGAAAUAUGUAAAGGACAAGUCAGAAAUCGAACACUCAAGAGUAACACGGUCCAGUCCAAGGAAACGGAUUGACAUUGAAUGCAAAGUAAUAAGUCCAAGGAAAAGCCACAGACUGUCAUCUCAUAUUGAUAACAUGAGUCAGUUGAGUGAUUUUGUAAAGAUGGGAGAAAAUGUGAUAGACUUGUCCAGUAAGAGCGUUGUGGUCAUCUCCAAACAGGACAUGGAGUCGGCCGACUCUCAGCUGUCGCUGACACUGACAAGUGCUGGCAGUCCGCGAUCAAAGUCUGGGAAGAACAGGCAGAAAGAUUCUUGUUGUGGAUCAGUGACUGUUGAGUCUCAUGAUGAUCAGAUAGGUGAUAAGGGAAGUGUUGAAGAUGAUCCUGACUCGAAAGACAAACAUAAAUCUCGUUCAAGAAAACAUCGUGACUGUGGGCAUGAUUCUGAGGUUAAAGCUGAUGUUAUUGUGGAAAUGACGGCAGAAGUGAAUGAUCAUAGAUCUUGUUCUAAGAAGAGAAAAGGAGAUUCUGAACAGAAGUCUCACUCUGAAGUUGGUAUGAUUGUAGAAAAGUCUACGGUAGCUGAUGAACAAAGAUCUCGUUCAAAGAAAAGAAAAGACCAUGUAAGGUGUUCAGAAGUUGACGAAGCAAAUGUCAAAGAGUUCAAAGGAAAAGAUGACUUAACAUUUCGUUCAAAGAAAAGACAAAGUGGAGAUAUUUCAGACGCCGAAGCAAAUGACGAAGGAUUCAGAGAGAAGGGUGAUUUAAGAUCUCCUUUAAAGAAAAGAAAAAGUAGAGAUGGUGGAGAUAUUUCAGAUGCUGAAGCAAAUGACGAAGGAUUCAGAGAAAAGGGUGAUUUAAGAUCUCCUUCCAAGAAAAGAAAAAGUAGAGACGGUGGAGAUAUUUUAGACGCUGAAGCAAAUGACGAAGGAUUCAGGGAGAAGGGUGAUUUAAGAUCUCCUUCAAAGAAAAGAAGAAGUAGAGAUGGUGGAGAUAUUUUAGACGCUGAAGCAAAUGACGAAGGAUUCAGGGAGAAGGGUGAUUUAAGAUCUCCUUCAAAGAAAAGAAAAAGUAGGGACUGUGGUAAAGGUUCAGCCGCUGAUGGGAGAGAUCCACAAAGAUCUUCAGUGCAAAGAAAGCAUAAAGACACUAGAGAGGAUUCUUUGGUUCAGAACAAGGGCAUCAAGUCUCCAGAGUGCUGGAAUCCUGGCUCAGAUUCUCAGAGAUCUCCAUCUCCGCAUCUGAAGAAACACGGCUCAAAAACACAUGUCCUACAAAACCAAGCAGACAGUGCAGAUCCUUCUCCCACAAAGGGAAGAUCAAAAUCCAAACAGGUUCUCCCAAAACCCUCAGUAAGUCAAGAAAAAAUCCAACAGACUGAAGUUAGAAGCAGUUUUUGGACAUCACCAAGGAAAAAAAAAAGAGGUCCGGAAGCUGGAGAUGUGAAGGGUAAAGAAACACAUUCUUCACAAGGAAAGACAAAAGUUGACAGUGAAAAGUUGAAAAAAGAGCAGGCUGAGGAAAUAGGUAUUUCUGAUAAUGAGACUGUGGUCUUCACUAAGAGGAAGAAGUGGAAGACAGCUAUACGGUCAAGUCCUCGUAAGAAGGGGAGGAAGUUGUCCAAGUUGAAGCUGGAUGAGUCGUCUUGUAGUGAAUACUCUCAAGUCUCUACUCUGACAUCGGAUGUAACGCCAAAGAAAAUGAGUAUCCUGGAACAGGGCGAGUCUCAGUCGCCUGUGUUUAAACGAAGGUCAAGACACUCCAUCAAGGAACUCUGCCAUGAUGGCAAGGAAAAUUCUGAGUCUGUUGAACUGGGGAUGAGAACACCCAGGAGAGGAAAGUAUUGUAAGAAAGGUGACAUUGAAGAUCAAGAGGACGAUGGAGCAGAGCAGGAAACACCCAAAAGUGGUUACUGUACAACGCCAAGGCAGCUCGAGAGAUCUUGGAGAAGUAUGAGGUCCAGCUUGGUAAAUGAGACCGUAUGUGAUGGUGAAGACAAAACAGGGCAGAAAAUUGUGAAGCAUGACCCUGAUACGACCCCUGUUAAAAGGGUCAAGUCAAGGUCACGUAAUAGUGAUACCGAAAUGUGUAGUUCACCAAUAAUGUCAAGGUCAAGAAGGGCCAGGAGAUCUGAUGAAUCUCAUCAGGACAUGCUUGAAGACAAAUCAGCAGAAAGAAAAUGUCCCGAAAUCAGACAGUCUCCUAGGUCAAGGUCAAGGUCAUUAAGACACAAACUAAUUGAAUGUGGUGAAAAUGCUGCCAGUGCUAAUGUCUCAUCUUCUCAAAAUAAAACUCCUAAGAAAUCUAGGUCAUCUUCCACUGAGAAAAGUCCCAAAAGAAAGAAACAUUCAUCACCUAAGAAAAAAGGAAUGAGAGCUAAAAGAAAAUGGCGUCAGUCAAAACCAAGCUCAGGGAGAAAGACAGUAAAACUAAAUCGUAGUUGGCUGAUUCUCAGCGAAAGAAGCAUGUCAAAACUGUUGGAGAGUGAAGGAGAUUCACAACCGUUUCUCGGCUUUCAGAAAGAGGAGUCUGAUUCCAGACUUCCAUCAGACUUGACUUACGAAGAAGUGUCCGAAGUUGAUCUGAGCGAUGAUUCUACGCGAGAGUGGGUCAUGGAUGAACCUGACUUUGACGAAGAACAGAGAAAUGAUGCUGAGAAAAAUCUUGGGGAAGAUGGUACCGAUAAUUUGUGGUUACCCCAAUUCUUCCCAUCCCCAGACAAAGCUUCCAAUUCUUCGUGGGGCGAGGCUUGUGACAGUUUCCUCCAGACUGCCUGCGAGAGAAGGCUCAGCGGUCAUGCUUGCAGUACCCCACUUGUGACGUCUUGCAUCAAGGAUGGCACCCCGAGGACGAGGAAUAGUCCAUUCUGCAGUCCCAAGUUGGGUACUGUGAAAGAGGACGACGAUUUAGACAAUACUUUAGUGGCAUCUGAUUCAUGCGAAACACCCAAAAAGUCACGCAAAAUAUCUCCCCGAAAUUUACACCGUGAGUGUGAUGAAUCUGUUGACAAAGGUAUUGUAUAUAACUUUAAUUACCAAAGUCCGCAGAAGGCAUUGGGACAGGAUAGUAGUCAAAGAAGCUUCAGGGCAACAACAACUGAUGAUGGUGUGUGUAUAGAGUACAAAAAGACUGGGGACUCGGGUAGGAAGUUACGGCUGUUGAAGAAAGCCUCCAACACCAAGAAGACGUUUCACAUGAGUUAUGUAUCUAAACCAACAAAGUCGCCGAAACCUCGGAGGGUGAACCUACCAGCCGCAGGUACAGUGGUGGUGGUUUCUCCGAAAGGAAAGUUGAAGUAGUCUUGGUGGGCAAUCUACGGCUGAUCAGAGUAAUUUUACGACUUUGAAAAGUAUCUUUCUCAUUUUAAACAUUUUAAGGGUAUGAAUACCCAAAAUGACUUAGGUGCUGCAAUUAGCUUGGCGUUGUUGGCUUUUGAGAACACCUGGAAAUUAUGAUUGUGGGUUUGUAUCCCAGGUCAACCAAAUUAUAUUUCUAGCUUUGUCUGGGCUAUUUGACAAAAGGUAAACAUCCAAGACCAGGGCCCCGUUUCACAAAGCUAUCAUAGCGCGCUACAAAAUGACCUGUCGUACCUCCUUU